AUGUUGAGCAAAGAUGAGGAAGCCAAAGAACUGGGGUGGAGUAAAAGGGUGAAUAUAGUUAAAGGUGUAGCUCAUGCCUUGUGUUACAUGCAUCACGAUUGUUUGCCACCGAUUGUGCAUCGGGACAUAUCGAGCAAGAACAUUUUGCUGGAUGAUGAAUAUGAGGCCUGUGUUUCAGACUUUGGCACAGCUAAGUUCUUAAACCCAGACUCAUCUAAUUGGACUGCCCUUGCAGGCACAUAUGGAUAUGUUGCACCAGAGCUUGCUUAUACGAUGGAAGUGAAUGAGAAGUGUGAUGUUUAUAGCUUUGGAGUGGUGACAUUGGAGACAGUUAUGGGAAGACAUCCGGGAGAUCUUCUCUCAUCUCUGUCUUCGGGGGCGUGUUCAUCAUCGUCAACUGCAUUACCUGCUCAUCAAAUGCCCGUUGUGGAUGUUUUGGACCAACGCAUUUCCCCUCCUACACGUGAAGUUGCAGGAGAAGUUGUUUCAAUGGCGUAUUUCCAGAACGAUGACCUGGAAAGCACAGCAAUGCUCAAGCUCCUCCUCCACAACUUCCACCGUCUCAGCCUCGAAGGUGCAGUGCAGGUUCUGCUUCGAAUUUGUCGAAUUUGGAGGCAGGGCAGUGCAGGUUCUGCUUCGAAUUUGUCGAAUUUGGAGGUUAAGAAGAAUCAAAAGAGUGGGAGUCGGUGCAGAGAGCAGGUGUUGGGGAAGGUAGGAAGUUGA